AUGCUGUACAAUGGUGGGUGCAGUUUCGUGCGUGACAGAGUGCGGUAUGCUGGGGUGGCAGUGGUCAACCAGGACCAGCAGGUGGAAUGGGAGCAGGGGCUACCCCAAGGGACAUUGGCACAGAGGGCUGAGCUGAUUGCUUUGACUAAGGCUCUGGAGCUGGGGAAAGGAUGGAUAGAAGCACACCCCACUAAAAGAGAGACAGCUGAAGUAACCAUCAAAAAGCUCUUGACAGAAAUAGUUCCUCGUUUUGGCUUGCCCCUAGCCCUGGGGUCUGACAAUGGCCCAGGCUUCAUGGCUAAAAUAUCUAAAUUUAUUGAGUCGCCAAUCCAACCAUACUUAAAAAUGCUGGAUGCUAUGUUUAUGAUGUUAAAUGGAUCAAACAAUAAUGUUACUAAUGAAUGUUGGAUGGGUCUAAACCCAAAGCCCCCAUAUUAUAUAGGAAUAGCAAUCAAUGGAACUUACACUGAAACCAGCCAAGAUGGAUGUCAUUGGAAACAGACGAGGUUGUCAAUAGGGGAUAUACAUGAAAGAGGGUCAUGCGUUAAAAACCCUAAGGUCACCUCAUCUUACUUGGACAGUGCUUGCUUUUACCAAACAGCUUCUACAGAACCUGAUAAGUACCUAAGGGCAGAAAACAACUCAUGGUGGGCAUGCACAGGAGGCAUAACCCCUUGCCUCUCUGUUGCUGUCCUACAAAGGGAGCCCAAGGUUUGUGUGCUGGUCCAUAUCUUGCCCCAGGUAUUUAUAUAUGGUGGAGAACAGGGAUGGGAAUAUUUGACCAGGAAAGUCCACCCUAUAAAAAUAAAGCAUCAUCCUGCCCUCAUCCUAGUACUGGCUAUAGGAGGGAUUGCAGGAUCCACAGCUCUAGGAGUAGCAGCAUUGGCGGUGCAAGAGGCCAACUUUAAGGCCCUAACUCAACAGGUGAAGAUAGACUUGGGCCUAAUCACUAAAUCAGUAUCCCAUCUAGAAAAACAAGUGGACUCUUUGCGGAAAUGGUCCUCCAGAACUGCCGAGGUCUCAAUCGAUCUCCUGUUCAUGAAAGAAGGCGGGCUGUGUGCAGCCUUAGGAGAACAGUGCUGUUAUUAUGCCAAUAAAUCAGGAGUUAUUCGACCCACCCUGGCUACAGUGAACAAACAUUUGCAAGAAAAAUAUGACAGAUUAGAAGAAAAUUCUGGGUGGUAUCAGUCUUUGUUUAACUGGUCUCCCUGGUUGACUACCCUUGUUUCUGCCCUUGCUGGACCCCUGUUAAUCCUGUUACUAGCUUUGACUUUCAGCCCAUUCAUUAUUAAUAAACUUAUGGCCUAUUUAAGGGCCCGGGUAGGAUCUGUUUGCCUAAUGGUUCUAAACCAACAGGCUAGGUACUGUCCAAUACCUCUUGAUGAAGAAAGCCAUGUGUAA